CAAUAACAACACAACACCUGUCAUCCAGCACAUCACAUGUUUCUCCUCUCUUCCUGCAACAUUUAUAAAUUUCAGAUUCUCAUUACAGAUUCUCCAAAUCUCUUUAAUCCAAUUUACAUUUCAUUUCAUUCGUCAACAUUUGAUUCGAUUCGAUUUUCAAAUCCUCGAUUCUUUCGCGCCACAAUGACUGCCGCCGGAAACUUUUUCUCACCGAUUUUCACAUCUCCGCCGAUGUUUGACUCCGUUGACCGUCCGCCGACAAAGCUAGGGUUCGCAAAAUUUCCGGCGAAUUUCUCGCCGGAAUGCCGUCGGUUUACGGUUUCGGCGUCGAAGAAUUUGGCGCCAAUGAAAGCAAUCGAUGUUGAUGUUAAAUCGAAUGGAUGUGAAGCUGUGAAUGAUUGUGAUGGUUCGAUCGGUUUCGACAACACGAGGAAUGGAAUCAAAUCGACGAAUGUUGUUUGGCAUAAAUGUUCAGUUGAGAAGGUUGAUAGGCAGGAGUUGCUUCAACAGAGAGGUUGUGUUAUUUGGAUUACUGGCCUUAGUGGUUCAGGGAAGAGCACUGUCGCUUGUGCAUUGACUCGAAUCCUCCAUGCUCGAGGAAAACUGACAUACGUCCUUGACGGUGAUAAUGUUAGGCAUGGUCUUAACUCUGAUCUUACUUUCAAAGCAGAAGAUCGCGCAGAGAAUAUAAGAAGAAUUGGAGAGGUGGCUAAGCUGUUUGCUGAUGCUGGACUUAUAUGCAUAGCUAGCGCGAUAUCUCCCUACAGAAAAGAUCGCGAUGCUUGUCGAUCUAUACUUCCAGAUGGAGACUUCAUUGAGGUGUUUAUGGACAUCCCUCUAUGCGUAUGCGAGAGUCGGGAUCCAAAAGGCUUAUACAAGCUCGCACGCGCUGGAAAAAUUAAAGGCUUUACUGGGAUCGAUGACCCGUAUGAACCACCACUAAAUUCUGAGAUCGUGUUGCAACAAGACGGAGAGGUCUGUCCUCCACCCGAGGCGAUGGCCGAGAAAGUGAUUUCUUAUCUGGAAGCCAAAGGGUAUCUUCAGGCGUAGUGUGCGGCCAGUAAUGGCCGGAAUAUAUUACCCUAUGUUCCUACAAGGUGCUGCAAUAGGGAAUUCUUGGAAAUAACUUGUUUCCUGGUUAGAAUUCUAGUUAUAAUGUAAAUAAUGUCAGUUAACCUGUAUGUGAUUUUUUUUUUUUUUUUAUUUUGUAUUUAGUUGUGUGUAUGAAGAUAUGCUUGGAUAAAAAUGGUCUAAAUUUGAUCAAGGAUUUGAUGUAGUAUAUGCUCAAAUGCUAGUUAUGAAAAUGAAGGUAUUUUCUUUUUGAAAUUUGUCAAUGAUUAGGGGACUCGGGGCGGGCACGUUAUAGGGAAGUUCCACGCGUUUUCAACAUGUUGCACACCGCCGCCGCCCCUUUAUUAACGCGUGAUAUAAUAAACGCGUGCUGCAGAUAACGCGUUGAACAAUUGAAUUUCGAACGUUUUUUUUUGACCGUUGUAAUUUUUUUUUGACCGUUUAAUUGUUUAAUUGAUUAAACUUUUUAUAUAAAUCCCAAACAAACUCAAAAACCUCUCAACAAUUCUCACACUCACUACAAAAAAUUCAAAAAACUCUCAAGUAUUUUCACACUCAUUUUUUACAAGAAAUAUGGAAGGUGGCGGUUCAAGCAAGAGAGGUGGUGGAUCGAAAAAAAGAGGUGGCGGUUCGGGUACGAAGAAAAUAAGGCCCAAGGUUCGAGCGAAUCUUGGUGAGCCCGAUCGAUUUAGGUUGCAAGACGAACCCGACCAAGUCCCACUCUUUCAAACCCAACAAUUCCCACCCUUUCAAACCCAACAAUAUCCACCCUUUCAAUCGCAAACGUACCAUAACCAACCGUUCGUUCCACCGUUUCAACCUCACCAAUUUCAAUCGCAAACGUAUCAAACCCAACCCCACGCACUCGACCCACUACUAGAAGACAACACCCUCCUUCAUCAUUUUGCAAAAGCAUGGCAUGAACCACGUGAACCACAACAAAGUGUUGACGAGGACGAGGAAGAGGAAGAGGAAGAAGAAGCGGAGGAAAACGAAGAGGAAGAGGAAGAAGAACAAAAUGUUGAGGUUCAAGAAAUCGUUCCAAUCGGCCGACAACCUUGGACGAGCGAGGAGGAGGUCUCGUUGACGAAGGCGUAUUUGCACAUCUCGGAGAGUAGGAAACACGGGAACGAGCAACGAAAGGAAGCGUUUUGGAGACGGGUUAUAGCUCAUUUUAUGAAACUUCCCGGUGCAAGGGUCCGAAACAUGGACAAAAUGACGUCGAAGUGGUCGGAUUUGAACCGAAAAAUGAGCCGGUUCAAUGCUUGUUUCAUUCAAAAGAGCCGAAACCCACAAAGUGGAGCGAGCGAGGCGACGAUCAUGCAACAAGCCACCGAAAUGUAUUGCACAACGUACCAUAAGAGAACUUUUCCACACGUUGCGGCAUGGCAAGUUGCGAGACAUCACCCGAAGUGGGUCCCCGUUGAGUUGGUUGACACGCAUGGUCCUACGGCUCCAAAAAAUCAAGGCGGUUCGAAAUGAACAAAGACAUCCGAUUCGGGGAACUACACGACUUCCGCGUCGGAUAACUUGCCCCAAAUGAACUUAAACGACGAGCCUCUAGACGAACCCCUUGACGAGCCCGUUGAGGAAGAUACACCCACAAGGCCACGACGCAGACGAGGUGGUGAUUCGUCAAGCAAAGGGAAGGAGGCGGUGGCGGAGUCGAUCUUUAGAAUCGAAGAGGAGAAAAUGACCCAAUACAAGAUGGCCGAACAAAGAAAAGAAACAAUGAUGACCCUAAAAGUUGAACGGGAGCAGGCGUACAAGGAACACUUGAAAACGAUCGAAAGACAAAAUGAUUUAAAAAUCUUGUGUGAAAAACACGCCCAUCUCGACGAACCGUUCAAGUCAAUUGUCAUCGAACAAAAGCGCGCGAUUUGCGCAAAGUGGGGUUGGGAGAUGCCAUCGGUUUAGUUGUUUUUUUUUAAAUCGGUUUAGUUGUUUUAUUUUAUUUGGUUAUGUAAUUUUUUUUAAAGUUUAAUGAAAUUUAUAAUUUAGUGUUUU